AUGGUGUUAAUGAUCGCGGGUUCGAGUGACAGGAAUAGAGGACGUAGGACAUCGUAUGUGAUUGUUGGUUGUGAGCGUGGGGGCCUUUAUGCUGGCAAGAAAGUACCCGGUGAAGAUGAUCAAAGACCGGGAAAGAGGAGCACCGGUUCAAAGAAAUGCAAUUGUCCGUUUAAAUUGAAUGGGACAAAAGAAGACAAGGAUGAUGAAAAUGCUGGAUUAUCAAAGGAUAAGACUUCACUUGUUCACACUUUGAAGAAAGCAAUGGUGAAACCAAGGGCAAGUCUAAGAUUAUUGAAGCAAAAUGACCCGUCUAAUGUAACUGGUAUGAAGACAGUUUACAAUGCUAUCCAGCAGUUAAAUUUCAAUGAAUUAUCUAGGAGAUCUCAAUUGCAACUAUUGUUCGCCAAGUUGAAAGAAGAUGAAUACCUCUCGUACCAUAGAUCGAACGAGUUUAAUGAGAUUACCGACUUUUUGUGGAUCCACCCGAACUGCAUUAAGUUGGCACAGUCGUAUCUGUACGCAUUCGUCACGGAUUGCACGUACAAAACCAAUCGUUACGGACUCCCAUUUCUUGAGAUUGGGGGUUUUACUUGUACCAACUUGGCGUUCUCCAUUUUCUUUGCAUACUUGGAUCACGAAUAG